AUUCUCUGAUAGGCUGUCAGUAAUUGGUUCAUCAGUGUGGACCCCCGCACUAGGGAUCCUCCUUUCUGUAUGACAAAACAAGAGAGAGGAAAACACACACACAGUUGACAGCUCACACACAAACGGAUAACCAAGAAUGACCGGCUCUUGCGUAUGGAUUUGUCUGUUCGUAUGGACGGCAGUGGCCGCGCAGAACUCCUCCCGAGAGACGUUGACGGUUCUCUACCCCAAAAUCGGUGGCACGGAGUCUCUUAACUGUAAUUGUCCGGAUCACACCUGCCAGGAGGCUUUCUGGUACCGAUACCUUGAGAAGAAUAACAGCCUCCAGUUUCUCCUGUAUUAUAACAGCGCUGGCACCGGAAAACACGGAGAACUUGACAAGGACACGAUGCAGCGCAUCAAGGGCUCCAUGUCCGCAGGAUCGAAAACCAGCUACAGCCUCCGUAUAACUGGAUUUCGGGAAGAUGAAACUGGCAUUUAUUCCUGCAUGUUUAAAACUAAACCUGUCAUUCCUGUUGGAUAUUAUAUUAGGCCUGGAGUGAAUCCUCCAACGCUUCAGCCACCAACGACCAAGCCCAAAAAAAACAAGCAGUCCUGUAAAAUUUGUAGACCCUACACUCCUGAAGGCUGUGUGCGCUCGAUCCUUUGGCCGGGCAUUGGUGCUCUUCUGCUGUUGGCUGUUGCUCUUGCGGGCACACUUUACUACUUCAGUCGUCUGCCUAGGAAGUGCAGACAUCAGUUUGCAAAAACAAAUCAGUUCAGAUGAGGAUGAAGUUUCAAGCACUUUGGCUCCAAAAAAGUUGUGUUCCUUCACUCUUUAAACAAUGUUCCAUUAGCGGAUUAUUAGGGGAUUAUGAUUUUUCCUAAUUUUCAUGAGCGAAAAACAUCGUGGAGAAAUCCAGUUUGAAUUCUGCCAUAGAAAUGUGACCAUAAAUGUGACACUAUAUGGACAACAAACCCAGUCAUAAGGGUCAGUUUAUUGAAAGUUGAACUAUACAUGAAAGUUGAAUUAAUAAUCUUUCCAUUGAUGUUUGGUUUGUUAGGAUAGGACAUUGGCCGAGAUAUAACUGUUUGCAAAAUUGAGAAAAUCGCCUUUAAAGUUUCUCAAAUGAGGUUUUAAUCAAUUGCAUCCACAAACAAAAUUUAAGUUUUGAUAUAUUUAUAGUAGAACAUUUUCAAAAAAUCUUAUUUAUUAUGUAGUAUGUAUUAUGUAACAUGACCUUUACAUAAUAUGCGAAUGCUUUUUGUCAUAAAAGAAAAUCAUUUUGACCCAUACAAUGUAUUGCUACAAGUAUACCUGUUUUACUUAAGACUGGUUUUGUGAUUCAGGGACACAACUACGAGUUUUGAACCCAAAUGCAUUUUUUUUUUUUGUAAACUACCAUUUGCAGUCCACUUGAAUCAAUAAACCACAUACAUAGAAUGUAUUCGAUUCAUUGUCGGGCUGGAUUGAAUUUAAACAGAGCUGAUCCUAUACACUCUUAAAAAUAAAGCUUUCUCUGUCUAUAGGUUCCCUUACCAUCAACAGAAAUUUCCUUUGUAGUGGAUAAGACAAUUAAAAGUUUAGAAAGAAGUUAAAGGUUUCUUUGGGAACAAGAAAUAGUUCUUCACUGGCAUUGCUGUGAAGAAACCUUCACAAAACCUUCAUUUUUAGGAGUGUACUGCUGCAAUUUCCCCAAAACUGAAUCUAUUAUAAUGACUGAUUGAACGCAGCUGUGUUUGUUUCCUACACUCUUAUUUGUCCUUUACGUUCUGUUCUUGAUUUUAAAAGAAUAUAGAUUGCUUAUUGUGCUUUUUCAGAACUAGCACAGCAUGUAAAAUUUGUAAUUGAAUGUACAGUUUUCUCAUUUUACUAUAUUACAUAUGUUUUUGAUAUUUGGUUUAUACUUUGU